GCGCACGCAGCGUGCAGGCCGCCUGAGCCGCCGGGCCCCCCGCUCCCCGCGCGGAGCCGCCUCGGGGCCUAGGCCGGUCCGGGCCCGCGGAGGGUGGGGACCGGAGCGAGGACCGGGGCGAGGAAGAGGCUGCCGGCGCGAUGUUCAAGAACACGUUCCAGAGCGGCUUCCUCUCUAUCCUCUACAGCAUCGGGAGCAAGCCCUUACAGAUCUGGGACAAGAAGGUGCGGAAUGGCCACAUCAAAAGAAUCACCGAUAACGACAUCCAGUCCCUGGUGCUAGAGAUCGAAGGGACAAAUGUCAGCACUACAUAUAUCACCUGCCCAGCGGACCCAAAGAAGACGCUGGGCAUUAAACUUCCCUUCCUGGUCAUGAUCAUCAAAAACUUGAAGAAGUAUUUCACUUUUGAAGUGCAGGUUCUAGACGAUAAGAAUGUGCGUCGACGGUUCCGGGCCAGUAACUACCAGAGCACCACGCGAGUUAAGCCCUUCAUCUGCACCAUGCCCAUGCGGCUGGAUGACGGCUGGAACCAGAUCCAGUUCAAUCUGUCCGACUUCACCCGCAGGGCAUAUGGCACAAACUACAUAGAAACCCUCAGGGUGCAGAUCCACGCCAACUGUCGCAUCCGGCGAGUGUACUUCUCAGACAGACUCUACUCAGAGGACGAGCUGCCAGCUGAGUUCAAGCUCUAUCUCCCAGUUCAGAACAAGGCGAAGGCAUUGUGCUAGACACUGGAAUACAAGUACAAAGAAUGUACCAUCCCUACCUACUGGAAAAAACACUCGGAUCUGUUUGAAUGACCAAACCCGGAGAGAAGUCCUUAAUCGGUCAGUGUCACUGAGGAUGGAAGUCUCUGGAGGAAGGCCUCAGGGAGCCAUGCUUGGGUCUGUGCCGUGUAACAUUUUUAUCAAUGACUCAGAUGACCUGACAAUCAAAUUUGAAGAUGAUGCAAAACUUGGAGAAACAGCCAGCACUUUUUAUGACAGAGUCAGGAUCAAAAAAAAAAAAAUCCUGGCAGGCAGGCUAGAAUGUUGGGUGGAAUCUAGUAAUAUGAAAUGUAAUAGAGAUUAAUGUUAAGUCAGUUGUUAGGCCAUCUACAAACAUUAAUUGCCUUUGUCUCCCUAAUCAUGAGAUAAUCAUACAAUGACUAAUAAUGAUUAUAUAGUGCUUAUUAUAUGCCAGGAAGAUUUUCACAAGAAAAGACAGCAGAGGAUUAAAGGAAAUUCCAACCAAGCUGUAUGAUGGCUCAUAGGUCUUUGGUGGUCGAACAAAUACAGUGAAAGAUUUGGUGGAGUUAGUUUAAUCUUGUUUUCAAAGGCAACAAAAACCAUCAUUUCCUGAGCUAUUCGGUCAUCUUGUAUUGCAUUACUCAUGAGUAUUUGUAUUUAAUUUUCUUAGAGUUAUAAAAAUUAUUUUGAAUUAUGCACUAACAACUGUUGUAGGGGAUGAAAAGUUAGAGAAAUUCCAUAAAGAAUUCCAUAGGCUGUCCAAAUUAAAUCGACAUAUAAUUUAAUACCUAAUGGUUUCAAUGAAAAGGUGUUUAUAGACAAGGAUAGUGAAAAAUAUAUUGGCGAAUAUGGUUUAGGGGCAAGAAACGAGAGGUGAAAGGCUUGUGGUCUACACAGGAGCCUCACACCUGUGUUUCAUGAAUGCCUUCUUUAAAAGUUAGUAGGUGCUAGACAUGGUGAAUGCCAAAUAACAUCAUAAAAAAAGAUAUUGAUUGUAUGUUGAUACACAGGAAAUGACUAGUUACUGAUGUGGGUGACAUUUGCAAAUCCGUUUCUGGGUACAGUCAGACUGCUGAUUUGGUAGAGAAAAAUCAAUACCACACUAGAGGAAAGCAUGAAAAUGAGAAUAUAUGACAUACAAUAGAAGCAACUCAAGUAUGAUUUAUUUAAAAAGCUAUGAAGAGGUAGUUUCAAAAGGAAGAAAUGAAAAUUAUCAGUAGCCAAAUUUGAAAAUACUUCAUAUGAAUAUUAAUUAGAGAAAAGCAAAUGAAAACAAUUCUGAGGCUCUACCUAAUAAGUGAAUUGACAAAGUUGGAAAAAAAAAAAAA